AUGUUGCAGGAUGGCCUCCCGAAACUGCGGGAAGACGUUGACUCUCAGAAGUCUGUGAAUAGCAGAGAUGUUCUGGGAGUUCCAACAUGGCUGAGCAUGACAUGGCCAUUGCUGUGUCCUCUGGUCGCCAUGUGUGUCUAUGGACCGACCAUCCGGCAUUCGCCCACCAUGAUGCUCACGAUCUUUGUGGCCAUGGCUUUGCCUAGAAACAGCCGCCUCGGGGGGCGAAUGAUCAAGAAGGCCAUGGCGCCACCAAUGGCGACCGAGACGCUCGAGGGCUUCUCGAACUUCUCAAAGAAAGCUCGUUGGCAUUUGCAGAGACGUCGCUUGUACGUAAAGUGGGCGGCAGACCGAGUCGACAAAGAACUCCACUGUGCAUGGCGCUCAGUUUUGCCGUUGUCCCCUCGCCAAGAAAUUGCGCAAGCGGUUGGAGGGGAGAGCCGCGGCUUGCUGUGCUAUCACGCUGCGGCUUCAGCAGGCUUCCUGCUGCCGCCCGAAGUGGUCUCAUGCAGCUAUUUGCCUGAGCCAGGGCUUCGCGCACACUGUGUCCGCUUGCUGCGCGAACAGUGGGAAAGUGAAGCCAGACACUUGGCAUCCAUCCCAGAGGACGGGGAAUGCGGCCAAUUGUUUUGGAGGAUGUCAGGCUGUGCGAUGUGUGUUUCGAAGACAAAGAGAUAUAUCAUCCUUUGCAGUCUGAUGGAAUUGAGAUGCUUGCGCAUUCUAGAUUGUUCAGCCUUGGAGGAGGGUGCUCGAAGUGCUUGGUGGGGCUUCGACAUCGGCCUCGAAGAAUAG